GGACUAGUCAAUACAUUUGAGUCACAUUUCAGGAAAACAUUUCCUCGGAUAUACCAAGCAGAUAAGUUAUCUUUAAAUGGCUACACUCCAAACGGAAUAUGUGUAACCAAACUUUCUCUGGGUUUUGCAUGCAGAUGGUGAGUUCGGAAAGAAUUGGGGGUAGUUUGUGGCUGUUAAUAAACUUGUUGCCCAGGACAGGGCUAAGUCUGACGGUGUCAUACAUGUGGAUAUGUUGUAGUCGUGGGGGGAGGUGGGUCUCUCUCUGUCAGUGGCGUUGGCAGGUGGUGGAGGCUCAGCUAGCGUGCCCUGCCUGGGAUCCCCUGGCACCAGUACACACAUCUGACAGGCGCUUUACUUGGCAAGACCCGCCGGUUUGAGAGCUCUUGAAAAGAAGGUAUUUUCCGAAAUGCGGCGUGCUGGAAAAAGGCUGGGCCCGGGGCGCUGUCCAAACAGGCGUUGGAGGUGGCGGGCGGUGUCUUCGCCCACUCCCUGAAGGCGCUGAGGACAGCUGGCAGUCAGACAGGCUUGAGCAACAGGGUGACACGGCAGGAAAUGGCAGCCGCGGUCCUUCCCGGCCGUGACGUCAGUACCACGUCCCCGCCUCAUUAUUCUCCAGUCAGCAUUGUAGCCCUCAACUUCCUGUCAUUUCCCGCUCCCAAAAUACCCCGCGUUGUUUACGGUCACACUCCUGUCACGGAUGUCAGGAGCGAAGGGCGAGGGGCGCUUUUAAAGCACUUAUAAACCAUAAUUAAACCGAUGCUGGCAUCCCGGGCUUUCCGCUGCCAAGAUAUAUAUUUUCCUUUUUCCCCGCAGCGCUCCGUUCUGACAUUUACAGCUGUGAAAUGGGAGCAUAGUUUCAGACUAAGUUUGGAUAAGACCGGUGUAUUUGUUCAGCUUUUAUUAUGUAUUUUUUUGGCCGGUCAUUAACGGGCUAAUUCGGCCGCGCGCUCCUCUGUCUGCCGCUCGGGCUUGCCUUGUCUGUCCGUCAGAAGGCUGUCGGGGCUCGUGCCUCCCUCCUCCGAGCUGGCUUUCCACACUUCACCCUAAACCACUAUCAGCUUCCUCCUGCUCCUCCUCCUCCCCUCCACACGCCUGCACGCUCCCUCGUGCCGACGCUGUUCGGAAACUCAAUCCUCAAUUUGAUACUGAAUUAUGCCGGACCCCGUUCCUCCUGAUUUCCUGUAAUUCUAUCCCGGCGGGUAAAAAUAUUAGCAGCGGUUCGGCGAAGAAGAAACUUUAGACACGUCGCUGCAGCUCGAAGUAGCACUGGUGCUCCUGACGUCCGCGAGCAGAGGGCGUGCGGAGUCUGAGUCUCGAAACCGCCAGGAGACCCGUCGCGGAGUUCAGUCCGUAUUUAUUUAUUUAUUUUGCGUAUUUCUUCUCGUCCGGUGGAUUUACUGGCGUGGGUGGCGGGAGCCGCAGUUGCGAUGAGGUCCGGUCUGGGAUCAGCCGCGCGGCUGAGCGCUGUGUCUGUGGGGCGGGUGCUGUCUGCCUCUCCGCGGCCGAGCGCGUUCUGGCUCCUUAAAGACGCGCGGCGUUAGGAUUUCGGGAGUCUCCGGGGGCUGCUCCGCUCAGCCCCGCUCUCACACGUCCGCAGUUCAUCUGACCUCCCCCGGCUCACAACUUCAGCGCGGCUCCUGGAGGAAUGUAGGCUGUCGCCGGGGCUCUUUUGGCAGCCCGCUAAUGACCGUAAUCACAGGACGGGGAUCCGGAGCCGGCUCCCCGCUCCCUCUCUCUCCCCUGGAUUUGGCCAUGCUUCCCUCGCCCCGCGCCCGGCCCGGGAGCUAGGGCGGAUGGCUGGGCGUCUGCGGCUGCACUUCGCCAGCCGGCGGAGCAGCACGGACCCCUUGUCUGAGACCCGCGGCCUGGGCGAGGGCACGGACCCCUUGUCUGAGACCCGCGGCCUGGGCGAGGGCACGGACCCCUUGUCUGAGACCCGCGGCCUGGGCGAGGGCACGGACCCCUUGUCUGAGACCCGCGGCCUGGGCGAGGGCACGGACCGCCCGGGGGACAGCGUGGCCCACGGCGCUGUGCGCAUGAGGACAGCCCCGGGGCAGCAGGGGCAGCUGGGGCAGCUGGGUGCACUGGCUCCUGAGGACAGCAACUUACCCAAGCGUGGCGCAGGCUGCUGCAUGACGAGCACACUACAGAUUUCUCUUCAGCCCUGCAGGCAGGGCGGGGGCCCGGGGGGCCCGGGGGGCCGGGGAGGCAGCCCCAGCGGUGGGGACGUGGCCCCGGGCCUGGACGGCGGCUCCUGUGACAGCAGCUCGGCGAGCGACGGCGGGUACUGCAGCAGCGGGAGCGUGUUCGACCCUGAGGGCCCCGAACGGGCGGGCCCCGAGCGGGCGGGCCCCGCGCCCCUCAGACGCUGCUCCUCGCUGGUCAUCUUCCCCCGCAGCCCCUGCAGCACGCCCCCCGCCUCGCCCCUCGCCCCCGAGGCCUCCUGCUUCCACACCUCCCGCCAGCUGCAGCUGCGCGCGGGAGAGCCGGCGCAGGAGGGCGAGCGGGGGGCCCCCAGGGGCCCGGCGGCCCCCGCUGCUAACGGGCCGCGGCUGUGUAGGACCGGUGGCCCCUGGGCCGAGCUCCGGGCCCCGCCCAGGGGGGGCCGCGAACGCGCAGAGCGGCACUCCAGCGUCCUGCUGCACUUUGCCCAGGCACGCCCGCCCGCCCGGGACCGCCCCGAACCCCGCCCUGAACCGCGCGUCGAACCCCACCCCGAACCCCGAUACCGCCACGUCAAGCUUUUCCGCAGCACCUCCGCGUGCCAGCCGACCGACCGGACCCAGGGGUGGCCAGACCGGGGCGGGAAACGCUCCCAUCAUGCACUGCAGCGGAGCAUCUCCCUGGAGGUGCCCCACCCGCGUGUCUCCUGCCAUUUUGGCCCCCCGCACCUGCACAUUCACGUGUCCCGCAGCCCAGCGGGGACCGUCGCUGCGAACAGCAGCCGUAAACCUGACCGUGUUCUCAGCUCCUGUGGACAGAACGCCAGGACACGGGAUGACUUCCUGGGGCAAGUGGAUGUGCCAUUGCACCACAUUCCGACAGAAAAUCCUAACAUUGAAAGGCCAUACACAUUUAAGGAUUUUCUACUUCACCCAAGAAGUCAUAAGUCCCGGGUCAAAGGUCACCUGCGGCUCAAGAUGACGUACAUGCCCAACGGCCUGGAGGAGGACGGCACGGAGCAGGGCGAGGAUUUGGACCCUGGCUGGGAGUUUCUGGAAGGACAGGACAUGUCUGGUCCCCAGCAGAAUCCCCAACCUCCUGCACUGCCAGCUGGGUGGGAGGAGAGACAGGACAAUCUGGGAAGAACCUACUACGUCAACCAUGAGACCCGGACCACACAAUGGCACAAGCCCACAGUCCAGAACAGUGAACAGGAAGCAGAACGGAGGCAGGCCAAUCAAAUGGAGGCACAGAACGCGUUCACCGCCCGGCGACAGAUCACCGACCCUGUGGAAAGCCUGCAGCGGGAUUCUUCAGAGAGCUGGGAGCUCAUCACGGACGAGAUGAACGCCAUCUGUAACGAUCUGGCUGGACUGCAGGCGUCUGAGCCUGUGCAUGUCUCCCGGCAGGCCUCUCUCACGCAGCUGCAGGGUCAGCCCAGUCGCCGGAACAGCAGCCAAAGCCAGCCAGGAGAGGAGCAUCCCACUCAGCCUGUGUUCGUCCCGACCUCGACGGGCCUGCCGCCGGGCUGGGAGGAGAAGAGGGACAGCAAGGGCAGACGCUACUUCGUCAACCACAACAGCAGGACCACCUCCUGGACCCGCCCUCUCAUCCAGACGACCUCGGAGGGCCCGCAGGCCGCGGCUGCAGCGGAGUCCCAGACUCCGGCGGUGUCCCAGACUCCGGCGGUGUCCCAGAGUGCCGCGGGGCACAGACAGUCCAGGGUGUCCCCGGCCACGUCCCCGCAGCGCUCCUCCCCCCAGCACUCCCCCAAACCCCUGCCGAAGGUCGACGGCAUGCCCACGGGAUGGGAGAUCCGCAGCGCGCCCAACGGCCGACCCUUCUUCAUCAACCACAAGACCAAAACCACAACCUGGGACGAUCCGAGGUUGAAAAUCCCAGUCAGUGUGAGAAGGCGAGCUUCGCUGGAUCCAAACGACCUUGGGCCACUCCCUCCUGGGUGGGAAGAGAGGAUUCACAGUGAUGGAAGGAUGUUCUACAUAGAUCACAACACUAAGGCCACUCAAUGGGAUGACCCCAGAUUACAGAAUUCAGCCAUAACUGGACCAGCUGUGCCUUACUCGAGAGACUACAAGCAGAAGUACGAGUACUUCAGGAAGAAGCUGAAGAAACCGGCCGACAUCCCCAACCGCUUCGAGAUGAAGCUUCAGCGCUCGGCCGUGCUGGAGGACUCCUACAGACGCAUCGUGUCCAUCAAGCGGGCCGACUUCCUGAAGGCGCGGCUGUGGAUCGAGUUCGAGGGCGAGAAGGGGCUGGACUACGGCGGCGUGGCCCGGGAGUGGUUCUUCCUCAUCUCCAAGGAGAUGUUCAACCCCUACUAUGGGCUGUUUGAGUAUUCGGCCACGGAUAAUUACACACUGCAGAUCAACCCCAACUCCGGGCUCUGCAACGAGGACCACCUGUCCUACUUCAAGUUCAUCGGGCGAGUGGCUGGCAUGGCGGUCUAUCACAGCAAGCUGCUGGAUGCGUUCUUCAUCCGGCCCUUCUACAAGAUGAUGCUUCAGAAGCUCAUCACUCUGCAGGACAUGGAGUCUGUGGACAGUGAGUACUUCAACUCCCUGAAGUGGAUUCUGGAGAAUGACCCAACAGAUCUGGACCUGAGGUUCACCAUUGAUGAGGAGCUCUUUGGACAGACUCACCAGCAUGACCUGAAGCCUGGGGGAGCGGAUAUCGUGGUCACCGACCAAAACAAGGACGAGUACAUCCACCUCGUAAUUCAGUGGAGAUUUGUGAAUCGAAUACAGAAACAAAUGACUGCUUUCAAAGAGGGCUUUUACGAGCUGAUACCUCAGGACCUCAUUAAGAUAUUUGAUGAAAACGAGCUGGAGCUGCUGAUGUGUGGCCUGGGGGACGUGGAUGUCAACGACUGGAGGGAGAACACCAAGUACAAGAACGGCUACUGCGCCAACCAGCCCGUCAUCCUGUGGUUCUGGAAGGCGGUGCUGUUGAUGGAUGCGGAGAAGCGGAUUCGUCUGCUCCAGUUCGUGACCGGCACGUCCCGCGUGCCCAUGAACGGGUUCGCUGAGCUGUACGGCUCCAAUGGUCCACAGCUGUUUACCAUUGAACAGUGGGGUACUCCUGACAAACUGCCCCGAGCCCACACCUGCUUCAACCGCUUGGACCUUCCCCCGUACGAGUCGUUCGAGGAUCUGAGGGAGAAGCUGCACAUCGCCAUCGAGAACGCGCAGGGCUUCGACGGGGUGGAUUAGGGGCGCGGGGCAGGCCGGCGAGGGUAACUGAAGAGUACACCUAUCGGUGGGCAGCGCUGGGCAGCGCUGGGCACCUGCACCCCCCCACGCAGGCAGAGCACGACAGCCCUGGAUCAGCCCAACAGAGGAAUACAGGAGGGGGGGACAGUGUCCAGAGCGCAGAGCUAUAUCACCCCUGGCUGCAUGUUCUUAACGCCCCUUUGGAGCAUGGGUUAGAUAACGGAAGAGCUCAAAUAUAUCCCUCCACUCAGGUGUUCGUUUCUCUGAUUGUCUCUUCUUUAUACGAAAGCGUUUACAGAACUGAGGCCUGGCUACAGUCCUACCGCACGGAGCUUUGUGAUUUAUCUACAAACAUAUGCAAGCGUUUCCUUUUCUAUCACUAACGCCAUGUUAUUAGUUUGACUCGGUAAUGAAAUAUUUAAAAAGCAUGAGAAAUGGAAAAACUACAUAAUGCUGUAAGGUGCUUGUGUUUGUGUAGUUCAUAAUUGUACAAUAUAUGUGCAUAUGCAUGUAUACACAUGUAUACUGAUGUGAAUGUAUCGAUGCAGAUACACAUAAAGUAUGUUUAUAAAUGUAUGCCUGUAUAUCUUUGAAUAGGUCUACUGUGGAAAGGGGUGUAUCAGAUUCAGAGGCUGACCUGGUGAAGUCCAUUUGGUCUUAUGCAGUAGAAACCUACGGUUUAUCAGUUCUAUCAAGGACAGCCAGUCUUUCAGAACGACUGGGUGAUCCGACAAAUAAUGUCCAACAGGAGUCUUACAAACUUGCAGUCUUGUAAUCAUCUUUAAUCGGCAAACAGCUUAUCCAUCUUUUCCGGUGUCUUUUUCCAACACGGGUUUACAGUCCUGUCCUGUCAUACGCUGCUCUCUCAUUAGGGAAAACUGUAUUGCCUGCUCUCUGAAAUGGGCCUAGCUCUGCGGGUACUUAGGUCGCUGGUUAUUUUACAUCUGUGUGUGCCCUGAGAAAUGAACGGGAGAACAUGCCUUUUUCCGAUUGAAGUCGCCUUUUUUCUUUUUUUUGGGGGGGGGGGGAGGGUAAUUUUUGAUGGCCGCAGUUAUUAAAGAUGAUGACCCCUCAGCAAAGAUUCCCGUGUCUUAGGUUGCAGGACAGUACCCUUUGUGCACUAAAUGUGAACUAAUUUUGGUUCUGGCAGUGGAAAUACAUUGCACGAAGAGUAGAAUAGCUACAGAGGUCACAUAGAACUUUUAAUCAGUGUUUCCUAUUCCUGUUUACUUAGUUGUAGUCCUUAAUUGUUCCCUUUUGGUGGAGCAGUUAAUUGAAUGUGUCGGCCUUUUCCUCCACUGCUAUGUCAUCUUUCACUUCGGGAGAGCGUAGGCGACCACUGCUACGUCAUCUUUCGAUUCGGGAGAGCGUAGGCGACCACUGCUACGUCAUCUUUCGAUUCGGGAGAGCGUAGGCGACCACUGCUACGUCAUCUUUCGAUUCGGGAGAGCGUAGGCGACCACUGCUACGUCAUCUUUCGAUUCGGGAGAGCGUAGGCGACCACUGCUACGUCAUCUUUCGAUUCGGGAGAGCGUAGGCUAGCACACCUCUCCUCAGACGUUGUGCUGCCAACCAGUCUGCGCGGUUUCAUUGUCAUGGUGAUGAGCCAGGGACUACCCUGCAGACUGGAACCCUUCCUAUCUGGUGAUGCUGGCCUGCAGCGCUGCUGGUCUCAGCUGGCCCAGGCAGAGUUGCCAUUUGAUACCAGGUCAAAGUGACGCACCACGCCAAGAAACAGUGCUUAUGCAAAACAAGCCCCAACUAGCCUGUGUCUUCUUGUCAUAACUAAAAUAAUGUUGUGAUGUGCGCAAAGUUUACAUGAAUUUCAGAUGUAGAUAAAAUAUAAAAACCAGCCAAAUGGUAGUGAGAUCUUCCCCAUUUAAGUUUCAGUACUUAUUCGUUGUGUAGGUUCAUUAAAAUCAGGUUUUGAAUAGUUGUCUAAAAAGGGAGGCUCUCUCCCUCUUCUGUUUGUAGUUCACUAGUUGUCACUGAAAUAUAACUAUUGAGUUUUUUUCUUUUGUAUUGCUUAGUUUUCUGGAUUUUGAUGUCUAUCACUUUAAUUGAACAUAUGUUUACACUGUCUGGUGUUUAAAUCCUUGAUUUUAUUUUCUACUGUCUUGUAUGUUAAAAGUUUUGACUUUUUUACUUGUGCUGUUAAAGAAAGAAGCACGUUUGCUAUGACUUGUAGUUUUAAAAUGUUUUAUCAUAUGAAUGUUUUCAUAUUUCAAUAGUGAAGGAUUGUUUUUACUUUAGAAUUCUCAGCUCUUAAUUGAAAUUUUGACUAUAAAAUGUUUACAUGUAAACAUUGCUGAAAAUAAGCAAAUACUUUCUUUUUACAUGUAAUUUACAAGACUGUUAAAUUACAAUGCCUUUAUUUGUAUCAUAAAUUGUACUAUACAGUAUUUUGAUUAUCAGAAUUAUAAUGUAUUGAAAUAUAUUCUUAUCCCUGGGGAAUAUAGUUUAAUGCCCUAGAGUUCAAUAUAUUUAAUAUUUCAGACAAAAUUAAGAAAAAUGUAUAUAUCAUAAAUAUGUUGAAUACAUAUUAUUCUAAUAAGAAAUGUAUUUUGUAUUAAUUGAAUACGUUACUGUACAGUAAUAUUUCAUCAACAUGUUAACAUAGAUUUUAACAUCAAAAUUGCAUGCCCAUGUAAAUGGUGGCAUAUUUUGAAAAGUAAAUAAACAAAAUGUGACUUCCA